CCAUCGACGUCAAUCUCAGUACAGGGACUGAGAGAGAGUGAGAGAGAGAGAGAGAGGUUCUGUGAUCAAUGGCGACGCUUCGAAAUCUGAAGAUAAAGACGAACACUUGCAAGCGCGUGCUCAAGGAGCUCCAUUACUACGAGAAGGAGGUGGAGAGAGAAGCGGCCAAGACCGCAGACAUGAAGGAGAAGGGCGCCGAUCCCUACGAUCUCAAGCAGCAGGAGAAUGUGUUGGCAGAGUCCAGAAUGAUGGUACCAGAUUGUCACAAAAGACUGGAGUCUUCACUUGCGGACUUAAAGGUCACCCUGGCAGAGAUUAAGGAAUCAAAUCAGGAAGGCGCAGAGAUAAGCGAGGCCGAAGGCACCAUAUCAGAGGUUAAAGCCUUCUUUCAAACAUCAGAAGAAUAGCGUCAGUUGUGUGUACUUCUUGAAUAUUUGAGACAGCGAUGGUUUCUUUGGUUUCAUCAAUCAGAGUGUAUUAAGUUGAAAUUUUGCGUUAUCUGCCCUCAGGUUUUACAUGUGAAAUGUCUAUUGCUUUGUUUGGUGAGGGAUACAGUUGUGUAUUUUGAAAUAUUGGUAGAAGGAUGAAAUGUUGUUCUGUUGUUUAUAUAGAGUUCUUAAAGUUCAUGAAUUUGAGUAAAAAUUUUUC